UCCUGUCCCCAGACUGUAGUGACACCACAGUUUGUGCUCCACUGUGAGGCUGCCAUCUGGGUCAGUACUGGCUGAAAAGAGAAUAAGACCUCCAGACUGCUCUUCUCAGGGAGUUCCAUUGUGACAUCUGCUUUAGUUGUCUUCCACAGCAGCUGGAAGAAUGCUGUGGAAAAUAAUGAUCUAUCCUAUUGUGGUCACUCUGGUAUGUUUGACUGCAGCAACCAGUAACUCUCUGCAUGAUUAUGGGGACCAUGGACGCAGCACACGCGAGCUGAAAAUCCCCGAGACAGGCACAGAUGGCCCAUACCUGCCACGGGAUGUUACUCCAAUUGGCUACCACGUGUGGUUGCAGCCCAUUCCACAGGAAGGACACUUUGCCGGUGUGCUGGUAGUCAACAUCUCCUGCUUGUCUCCAACAAAGACAGUGACUGUACAUGCAGGAGAAAAUUUAGAACCAUUAAAGGCAGAAAUGGAAGUCAUCAGACCACAAGAGGGUUACGAGGACUACAGGGAAAUAAAGAGUGUGUCCGUCCAGAGAGUACGAAGAGUGUCUCCUGAGGACUGGUGUGAGAUAACUGUAUCAGACCAACUGCAGAAGGGCGUUUUCUAUCAGCUGAGAAUGGAAUUUAAGGGAACUCUCGGAAACGAAACUUCUGAAUCAGGAAUAUUCGUUGGCACCUACAAUGAUGAUCAGUCAGAUGACAGAUGGUUUGUAGCUACCGAUAUGCGACAAAAUAAGGCUCGAGAAGUAUUUCCUUGCUUUGAUGAAUUUCCAUACAAAGCUCCUUUCACGAUUAGUAUUGGUCGUCCAGAAGAGAUGAGAUCCCUGUCUAACAUGCCACUUCGUAAAACUGAGAAACAGGCGGAUCGUUCUGGCUGGGUCUGGGAUCACUUUGAAAGGUCGCCACCAAUGUCUCCAUUCUCAGUGAACUUCUUUAUUUACGAUCGAGACGUUAUUGUUCCACUCGAGCCAAGAGAUGACCUUGGCUCUGUGACAUUGCGCUCUUAUGUACCAGUGCAUUUGGUAGAAGACAUGAAAGAAGCAGAGAACCAAAUUCUUCAAACUUUGGAGAAAAUUGAGACAUUUCUUCGUACAAGAUAUCCUUUACCUGAGCUACAAAUUGUGUUAUCACCUGGAUUAAAACGGCAUCAUGAUGGCUUUGGUCUUUUACUAUUCAGUGAACAGAACUACAAUGAUGGUUAUUGGCCACUUCAUUGUUUGUUCAAUAUGGCUGAUCAGUGGCUGGUUCAUCUAACUACACCACAUUUCUGGUAUGAGACAUCCUUUGGGAACAGUCUUACCCAGUAUGUGUCAACUGUUGGAUUCCUUGAGACACUUACAGAUACAGAGAUUGGUGAUGUGUUUAACUGGGGAACAAUUUACACAAUGACAACAACAUCUAUCAGUGUGACAAAUUACAACACUCCUUAUGACAAUAUAGUUGGCAUGUGGUUGGUUCGACUGCUAAAUUAUACACUCAGUGAAAAUACUCUGAGAUCAGGACUCAACAGCUUUUUAUAUGACAGAUCAUAUAAAACAUUCGUAUUGGACAACAUCAUCUCUGCACUUACAGAACAAGCACGCAGAGACUGGGCUCUCCCUGCUGGUGUGGCUGUACCACAGAUUGUUAAGUCAUGGCUUAAAACUAAGCUUUUCCCAGUUGUUACUGUAUUUAGGAACUAUAAAACAAGAACAGCACAUGUAGAGCAGAAAGCUUUUAUUCUAAAUAAGUCAGACAGAUUAUCUGAAAGAGAACAGGAUCUCCAAUGGUAUAUACCACUAGUGCUUGUACAAAGUGAUCAACCACAGGAGAGAUUCUGGAAUGUGGUGGGAUGGAUGAAGGAAGAGCGAACAAUUAACUUAGACAACAUGCCACCCUCUGACGUUUCUAUUCUUAUCAAUCCUGAUAUCAUAGGUCUGUUUGUUGUAAAUUAUGAUCCAACCAAUUGGGGACUCAUCACGCAAAAUCUACAUGCCAAUAAGUCUUCGCAGAGGCUAUCUGAAAUAACACAUGCCAAGUUAAUAACUGAUGCAUUCCUUCUCGCAAAUGCAGGAGAAUUGACGUUUAGUGUGCCAUUAAAUCUGAGCCUCACAUUAACAGAUGAGACAGAUUUUCCUCCAUGGUAUGCCUUUAAAGAGUUCUUUUGGGAUAUAUAUUACAAAUUGGAGCACACAAGGACAAUAAACCUCUUUGUGGAGUAUGGGCGGACCUUACUUUCGCCUUUAUAUGAACAAUUUGGAGGAUACAGUGGAAAAUAUCAGUCUGAAGACAGGAGUACUCAAGAUAUUGUAGAAAGUAUUAUGUGUAAUUUGGGAGCUGAAGAUUGUAUUGAAGCACUUGCAUCCAAGAAUUCUUUCGGAAAUGGAACGCACUGUCUUGUUCUGAAAUGGGGUGACCGUGAGAUCUGGGAUGACACUCUGCUGUGGGCUCUAGGCCACAAUGAUAAUAGACACCCAGACAAGAAUCUGCUGACCAGGAUAGCUGCCUGCACACGUGAUAAGGAUAGAAUGAACAAAUUCUUAGAGGCAGUUCUGCUGAAGUAUGCUCUGAGUGAUGACGAUGUGCUGACUGCUAUUGACAGAAUAAAGGACCACUACCUACUUUUUAACUAUGUUUCUGACAAAUGGUUUGAAAUUAAAAAAAAGUAUCAGGAAAAGCGUCUGGUGUUGGAAGAGAUUGUGUUCAAAACAACUUCUAAGUUUGUGACUUCUGAUGGAUAUGAUCUAGUGGCUGGAUUUUACUCAGCCCGCCAGCGUGACACCCCACGUCUGCUUUCAUUAGUGAGCGACGCUAUGAGGAACAUUGUCGAUAACAGCAAGUGGUACGAUCGCAGCUUGCCGCAGAUCGAGACUUGGAUCCGCCGAUAUCUCAGUGACGACUGACUGUGAAUAUUUGGAAAUUUUAUUAAACUGAUAACCAAAUACGCUUUUAAGGACGCAUAUGUUUCGAAGUAUAUCAUAAAAUCAAUACAGAUAUGAUUAUCACGUCGUUUAUAUGUAAAGACUUACGUGUAGUGUUUUCGAUAACUGCAAGUGGUACUACAGCAGUUUGACGUAGAUCAAGACUUGGAUCCGCCGAUAUCUCAGUGGCAAUUGACUGUCAAUAUUUGUAAAUUUUAUUAAAUUUAUUAGUAAAUACGUUGCUAAGGAAGUAUGUGCUAAGAAGUGUAUCAUAAAAUCAAUACAGAAAUAAUUAUAAUGUCGUUUAUAUGUAAAGACUCAAGUGUAUUGUUUUGCAAAUCCUUCAUCUGUACAUAAAUAAAUUAUGAACUGAUUUUCAGUGAA